AUGAAACGCCGAGUGCGGAGAGGUAUAGGCACGCUGUGAUACGGCCCUAUAUAAAUUCGCCGGCAGGACUACCUUCUUUUAAAGACAACCUCCUCGCCGCUUUGCUUUCCUCUCAGUGAUGUCGCAUAUUUGUGUGGCGCACCUGUAAAGAGCGAGACAGGCAGAAGCCGGGUGUUUUUUUUUUUCCUCCCAAUGAUUUGAUUCCUUUUUUUGUCUCUCUUUUCUUCUGUUGUGUUUUUUUUUCUUUUCGUUUCAUGCAUUUGAUCAAAAGAAACUCCAUUGUCUGUGUUUUUCAUUUAAUAAAUAUUUAAUUUCCUCAUUUUAUCUUGUUUGUGUUGGCUUUUAUGUUUCCAAGUUUGAACUGACGGAGCGGAAUCCGUCAUUUUACAGUGUUUUCAUUCAGAGAUUUGUCCUUUUUUUUAUUCCCCCUCCCCUCUUUUUUGUGCACAAAAAGGACGUCCCUAACUUUCAAUUGUAGAAACGACGGCAACUCCACACUAACAUGGCAGUCAGACUGUGCGAUGUGGCUUCUCUGCUUAGAAGUGGUUCGUGGGCGCCUGAGCCUUGGACUGGGCAGGUAAUUGCUGCCAUGGAAACACAGCUGUCCAAUGGGCCAACUUGCAACAACACAAGCAACGGUCCCUCAACAAUGUCAAACAACUGCUCCUCCCCAGUAGAGUCAGGGAGCAUAGAGGACAGUAAAACUAACUUGAUAGUCAACUAUCUGCCUCAGAACAUGACCCAAGAAGAGCUGAAGAGUUUGUUUGGGAGCAUCGGAGAAAUUGAGUCCUGUAAACUCGUUCGAGACAAAAUAACAGGGCAGAGCCUAGGCUAUGGAUUUGUUAACUAUGUGGACCCUAAAGAUGCAGAGAAAGCCAUCAACACCUUAAAUGGCUUAAGACUUCAGACAAAAACCAUCAAGGUGUCCUACGCACGCCCAAGCUCCGCCUCCAUCCGAGAUGCAAACUUGUACGUCAGUGGCUUACCGAAGACGAUGACGCAGAAAGAGCUGGAGCAGCUCUUCUCCCAGUAUGGACGCAUCAUUACCUCGCGGAUCCUGGUGGACCAGGUGACCGGUGUUUCCAGGGGAGUUGGAUUCAUUCGUUUUGACCGGCGGGUCGAGGCGGAGGAGGCCAUCAAGGGCCUGAACUGUCAGAAGCCGCCCGGCGCCACUGAACCCAUUACUGUCAAGUUUGCGAACAACCCAAGCCAAAAGACCAGCCAGGCCCUGCUGUCCCAGUUGUACCAGUCGCCCAAUCGAAGGUACCCAGGACCCCUCGCACAGCAGGCACAGCGCUUCAGGUUGGACAAUCUGUUGAACAUGGCCUAUGGAGUGAAAAGCAGAUUCUCCCCCAUGGCCAUCGACGGAGUGACCAGUUUGGCCGGCAUCAACAUCCCGGGUCACGCAGGAACCGGCUGGUGCAUUUUCGUCUACAACUUGGCCCCAGACGCAGACGAGAGCAUCCUGUGGCAGAUGUUCGGGCCGUUCGGCGCCGUCACAAACGUCAAGGUCAUUCGCGACUUCAACACAAACAAGUGCAAAGGAUUCGGUUUCGUCACCAUGACUAAUUAUGACGAGGCGGCGGUCGCCAUCGCCAGCCUGAACGGAUACCGCCUCGGGGACAGAGUUCUGCAAGUGUCGUUCAAAACCAACAAAACACACAAAGCCUAAAAGUAAGGGGGGGAAAAAAACCACUGAGAUUGUUCUUAAAAAACAAAAAAACUCACCAGAAAGAAGUGGAACAUGGGAGCUUUUGACCGUAACUUUCUACAUUAGUAAGAACAGCUUUGUAAUCGAUAUUUAGCCUCCAACAUUGUGACUUUUUGUUUUCGUUGCUUUCAGUCCUUAGUUUCAAGCAAAAAAGUAGUGCAGGUCUGAAGGCCUGUCGUGUUGCCGAUGGAUCACCUGAAAUGUUCUGGGUUUUGUCGUUUAGUUGCUCUUUGAUUUGACCCAGUGAGUCUUGUACGGCUGUGACUUUUUCUUUCUCUUCUGCUGUGUCCCCCAGUAGCUGCAUCAGGCUUUUAGUGGUAAGCUAGUACUUCUGUUGGAGACUUUUUUUUUUUUUUUCCUCUUUCCGUUCUGUUGGUUUCUCGUAAUGCGUUGGUUAUCGGUUGACUGCAUCCAGUUGCUUAUUGUAAAACUUAGCCGAUUAAAAAAUAAAAAAUACAUACAUAAAGGGAAAAAGACAAAAAAAAUUCUUAAAGCAGUACCUUGCCAAAGAGCUAAGAACCUCUUUGAUGUGGGUUUAAAAAGCAUCUAUUUUUAUAAACAGAAAAAUUUGGAGAAACUUUUUACUGGACCUGGAACAAAAAAAAAAAUAUUUUGACUUGGAUACUUUGAGAAAUAUCUUCAUAUGACACCUUGUGAGCUUUUGAACUUUACAAGAAAGUUUGCAGUGGUCGACAUUUCUGGAGAGAUGUUAUGAUGUAAAAGAUACCUUUUGAGAUCUUUGUAUUACCUUUAGAUUCUAGAAUCAGUGGCAGUGCUGGUUUCAUUCGUCAAAUCGUCUGUGGGUUCUCCUCCAUCCCGGUCGUCCGCUCGACCCCCAACGGUGCACUUUUCCCCCCUCCAGACAAAAGCGAACAGUGCAUGCUAAACGACCGCUAGAGGAGAUCUUCAUGGGAAUUAAAUCAGUUCUUCCUUUAAGAUUCCCUUCAGACGGAGCCGCGGUGGUUUGUGGCGCACCCACGAUGUAUCGUGAGACCAAUCUUGGCUUGAAAUGAAUCAUUUGUGGUUUUUAAAUAGUUUGUACGACAGACUGACGGAGGCAGAGACAAAAAAAAACCCAACAAAAGCUCUGAAGAAUCGGAUGACUCCUAAGCGUUGAGCUGUGUAAAUAAAUCUUUUGUUUGUUUUGUUUAUGUUGUGUAUUGGACACUUUUCUUUACAGUUGGAUUCCUGGGUAUGGAAAGUGAUGAUUUUUUUUUUCUUUCUUUCUUUCUUGGAGUACGUGAGGUGUUUACUGUUUUUGAGUUGGCAAAACCUUAAUUUAUAUUUUUGGUUUUCCUAUGGACGAACACUGAAGUGCAUCAAAUUUGUUGGUGGUUUGGUCUGUAGUUAGUCUUUGUUUGUUACAAAAAAAAGUAUUCAACUAUAGACAGUUUUUUUUUAAUAUAUAAACAUUAUAGAUAUAUAUUUAUGUGGUGAAGAAUGGAUAUAAACCACAUUUCUGGAUUUUUUUUUUCAUACUAUGUAAAAACAAUGCAUAUAACCUGUCUUUAAAAAUCGUAAAAAAGGUGUCUAUUGCUUUAGGAAGGACGGUGAAGCAGAAACGAAUAGCAGAAGUGAUUGCAACAGUUGUUGGCGGCGGUGGGCGGAGCCUAGCAGUCUCUGAAUCCUGCAUCCUUUCUGCUAUUUCAACCCAGUCAUGCUUCCCUUACUGAGCAGUGUGCUAUGCAUUCAAUGAUCCUUUGCAACUGCUUUUUCUUUAGAGAACUUCUUUGUGUUCCUUGUAAAAGUUCCUCUUUAAGUCUAGAUGAGUUGUGAUACUUGCUGCUGUAGAGGAGGGUGGGGUGGGGGGGCAUGCUUUUUACGCCUGACCCAUCUGGGCUUUUUUUGUUUUUUUAAAAAUUCAUCGAUUUUUUUUUUUUUUUUUUUAAUAGAUUUGAUCGUCCGGCGUGAAAACGUGUCCCCCUACGACCCCGGCCCCCCCAUUCUUCUGAUCUCUAUUCUUUAGUGAGAAUGAUUAUUUAUUUGAAGUUGUAUAGUCCGACUCGGUUCACAGCGUUUUUGGGAAUAGAAUAUUUUUGUUGACUAUUUAAAAGGAUGUACAUGUUCUUUACUUUGUGUUUGGAUACUUUGACUUUUUUCAAUGUUCAGUACAUCAAUAAAUAUGUUUGAAGGGCAA